UCUCAUUCCACCAUGAAGCUCACCGCCAUCUUUCUAGUGUUCUGUGUGGCUCUGCUCAGCGACUCUGGCGUUGCUUUCUUCGUGGAGUCACUGGCCAAGCCUGUGGUAGAACCCGUGGCUGCCCUUGCUCCAGCUGCAGAGGCUGUGGCAGGGGCUGUGCCUAGCCUACCAUUAAGCCACUUGGCCAUCCUGAGGUUCAUCCUGGCCAGCCUGGGCAUCCCAUUGGAUCCUCUCAUAGAUGGUUCCAGGAAGUGCGUCACCGAGCUGGGCCCUGAGGCUGUAGGAGCUGUGAAGUCACUGCUGGGGGCCCUGACAACGUUCGGUUGAGGUG